AUGGAGAAGAACGCGCGCUGCCCCGUCCUGUCCAAUGCGCCCGUCUGUCCCUCUCCUGCUUCGCUUCCUGUGUUUCCGCCACUACCGCCACUGCCUCCACGAGACGGCAGCCAGUCGUUGGAAUUGUCGAAGGAGAUGGGCGACCAGCUGCCUGUAGUAGCAUGGCCCGAGAGCUUUUUUCAGCAGCAGCAGCAGCAGUGCGUUCCGUUUGAUAUAGUGCUGGACUGGCACAUGAAGAGAGAGAAAGACUUCAAGACAAGCGCUGUCAGCACAAAUGAGAAAGACGCUGGCAGAGAGUGGGAGGAUGCUGGCAGAGAGUGGGAGGAUGCUGGCAGUGAAAGCACUCGUUCAUGUGCCCGUCCGAGUCCUUCUUUACAUGACUCGAUCCACUCUGGACGCACUAUCUGGAGCAUCACUCCCGAGGAGCUCACUGCAUUGGCGGAGGAAGCUCACUGGAAACCAGAGUCUGACGUAGUAGCAAAAAGACAAGCAGUGGCCUCGAUAAGUAAAGGCCAUCUGGAUGAAUUCGAGUUGCAGCGGGCUGUGCAGAAAAUGAAGGAGAUGGCGGCGUUGCAGUCGACACGCACUUUCAAGAAAUACUACGGACUGCCGAUCAUUCCUUUGUCUGCUCCGCUGCUUCAGCAUGAAGCAGAGGCGGUAGAAGAGAAGGUGACCUCAAUCGCGAAUGUUGCUGAUACCGGGGCGGUGGAGAAGGCAGAGAACGCGCUGGACUACAGCCAAAUCUUUGGUCUUUCGGCUACGACACCUACAUUUUAUCCGCGGCAGACUGCUGACUCGAACGACCUCAUUCAAAUGUUGAAAUCUUCGCUUACUAGAAAGGUCGCACCACACAUGGAUUGGUGGCCGGGGGACUGGAAGUGCACAAAUUGCGGCAACCACGUACUAUUUUGUAGCCUUGUUCGUUCAUUUACACGAUGA